CUCCCAUGCACUGACGAAUAUUUGUGUUGGUCACACCGGUAAUAGCAAUGGCAGCGACUACUUUACGUAAAACCCCAGGGCUUGUGGGAAGUCUGCAGAGAUGUUUUGCCUCCGUUCCAAAGGCGAAGCCAACAAAGAACAAAUCUUUAUCAGCUGUCGGCGAGUCGAUUGCCGCCAAGGGUUUCCUGCGACCUCAUAAGCCGUACUCCCCACCUGCAAAUGCAGCAGAACGUGUACGCUCGGUGGCCGCAGCACUUCAGUUAAAAUCCGAUCAGUUGGGGAAUCUUUCCGAGAAAUUCGAAUUCCUGGCCGCCUGUUUCCAGGAGCUGCAGCACGGAGUACCCAACUCCCAGGUUCAUGAACUGCGCACCAUUGGCGAUGUCAUCUCCUUUUAUGAGACAUCCGUGGACACAACCGUCCCACUAGACGCACUGAAGCGCAUUGAGCUGCCGGAGAAUCUGCACAUCCAAUACGAGUAUGUGCGCUUCAAUCCCGAGACAGACACUAAAUUCGAUGGCAAGACGGCCUUCCCCAAGAGCUCCACGCUGGUCACGGGUCUUAAGUACCGCUCCAAGUAUGAGGGACACGAAGCCAAACGAUCCUGGCCUUAGAAACACAAGUCUGUUAGUUGUUAACUCCUACACUUAUAAAAUGAACUCAGUCUGGCCAAGAAUUGAGUUAAAAAUACAAUUUUUUCAUUUGAAAAUUGUGUCGUUUUUGAGUAACUUAAAAUAAAAGAAGUUUUUAAUA